AUGCCCCUUGAUCUUUCAAAUUAUUCCGCGUUAGACUUGCCUAUGGCGCCGGAGCUGUUUGAUCCCGUAGAGGAUUUGGGUUUAAAUUGGCUUCCAAUCGAUAUGUCGAAAGAUAUGACAUCGAAUGAGGUACUGCUGAUGGAUCCAAACACUGCAUACAGCGCAAUGAACGAAUGGUGGCUAGAAGGAUUGGACGCCAAAAGUGAUUGGACGCAUCCUACGUCAAGCAUAGGCCAGAUACCUCUGCUUAAUAUUGCAGAACGGCCUGCUGCAAUUCCAUACGCCAAUCCACAAAGCCCUCAUUCACUUAGCAAUUCGUCGCAAGAUAUAUCUCCGUCCUCUUCAGCGAGCGAUGAAGCAUUAAAUUGUGGCCAAUACUACGUUGACGGCGUGGGAGCUCGUUUGACGAAGCAAAAGCGAAAAAUGAACGCCCAUUCUGACCAGAUAGAAGACUCGAUUUCAUCUUUGAUAUCCGCAAGACGCUCACGCUUGGUAUUUCCAAACGUACAUGAAAGUCUAAUCCAGGAGAUAUACCAAAAGAUGUCUUCCACAAAGCAGAUACCGACCAAUACAUACGAUAGUAUUCUCGACGUGUUCGACAAAUUAUGUUGCUCUGAAACUCUGUUCACAGCCUUUGAGACUACUGUCUUCCCAGGAGCGGAUUUAUUAGCAUAUUUCGUCUCAAACUACUUGGAUGAAUUUCAGCCUGUCUAUCCAAUCUUUCAUAUACCGACAUUUGAUCUGGAGCAGAGCCAUUGGAUUCUAACGCUUACCAUGGCAGCAAUUGGGUCAAGUCUUAUCAGCACACCAGAGACCACGGAUUAUGCAUACCCCCUUCAAGAAUUUGCACGAAGGGCCAUCCUUAUCGAAAAGGAAAAAUAUUAUUUGGGCGCAAAACCCAUGUGGCUCAUUCAGGCGAUGCUUUUGAACUGCAUUGGUCUUUAUCACAGCUUCGAUAACCAGGCCAAGGAUUAUGCUCUCGGUUCUUUGAAUGAUCUGGUACGGUUUGCUCAUCAUGAGAGACUCCUUUCAAGCGGACAAUUAAACAACACAAUUGGCAUACCAUGGAGAGACUGGAUCGACAUGGAAAUAAAACGCAGAACUGGGUACCUCAUCUGGCUUGUUGACAGCACUUUGGCUUAUACUGCCACCAGUUUUCGGCCACUCUUUAGUCUUCAGGAUGCGCAGUCGCCCCUUCCUUCACACGAGAACUUAUGGGAUGCAACAUCUGAGGACGACUGGAAAAUCCUAUACCAUGGUGAUAAUGUAUCUCUUCAUUCAGCUAUUGAGGUUCUAUUUAUCGAAAAGAGAUCUAUUCCAAACAUUUGCGAAUUCAGUCAUACUCUACUCCUUCACGCCCUAUAUCAGAGACUGUGGGAAGUGAGUGAUUAUUUCCAGAGUCCGCUUACAUGUUGGAACCCCAGCGCAGCAAGACAGCCGCGAGAAGCAGCGAUUCCGUCGACUCCCGUGUGGCUACCGGGUGUUGCGAUGUAUUCCAAGUGGCGGAAUAGCGCCUGCGACUGCCUGGAUACACUUCACUGGCACGCCAACGGAACCAUUGCAAAGGCAGCAGGCUUUGAGCACCCCACCGUACUACAUUUACACGUGGCACGUGUUGUUCUUCUCGUUCCGUUUCGAGAGAUCCGAAACCUGGCUACAUCAUUAGCGAAUACAACGAUCCCGUGGGACAACAGACUCGAGCGUAACUCUGACUGGCAACACGCUUGGCGAUGGGUGAAGCAUGACCAGUACAAAGCUCGGCUAUCAAUGAUCCACGCGGGUUCGGUAUUUUGGCAUGUUCGCCGAUAUUCAACAAAUGCAUUUCAUGAGCCAGUCUCUGUAUUCCUAGCAACCCUAGCUCUAUGGGCCUACGGUAUCUGCAGUUACAACCCAUGUUCACGACUAUUGCAAAUUCCGACGGUUAUUAGGCAAGGGGGCCAGCAGCAACAACAAGACCAAGCUGAGUACGGCGCAACCCCAACAUUCGUCCACCUCGACCGACCCUGCGACGACGAAAUUGUGCAACUCUUUGUCCGCGAAGGUCAGACAAUGAGGGGCAAUGUGACCGGUGUAGGCGAUAUAUGUAGUCCUCAGGGACCCUCCAGGGUCCUCAAGGAAGGUAUCCGGAUAUUGUCGAGUUUGGCUUCUACAUGGGGGGUUACGCAUGAGUAUAUUGAUAUUCUGUCGAGACUGAGGGAUCGUACGUCGUUGCCCAUGACGGCUUUGACGACUGUGAUGGGCUAG